AUGAGUGUUUGGCAAAGCGCCAAAUUUAAAAUGAUAAGACUGUCAUCUGUCAUCUGGUGCCCGAAAUUUAAAAAUAUAUAGAUGAUAUCAGAGAUAUUUAUAUCAUAUAGUAUUUUUGCGAAAUAGUGAUAUAAUUACAGAUCAACUGCUCUCUUUUUUAUUAUCAUGGAAGUAACAUCGGAAUUAUUACCCUGUCCUCUGUGCAGUUUGCCUCAUUUCAAGGAUGUUCAUUCUUUACGUUCUACUUUAAUCAGUGCUGCUACAACAAAACUUAUUUGUCCAGUUUGCUAUGAAUCUGUCUUGGGAUUAGACAAGUUAACCAUUCAUUUAUUUAGUCAUAUGAGUAGCAGACCAAGUACAGAAGAAAAUCGAGAGAGUCACUACAAAGUUGGAGAGACUGAAUAUUUAAACAAAGUUAAUGAAAAUUCACCAAUGAUAGAAAAAAUUAAUUCAAUUCCUAAAAAUGUAGAAUCUGAUACUGUAAUCUGUGAAAUCUGUGACUUUACAUUUAACGAUCAAACUAUCCUGGAAUUGCAUAAGAAGUUGAUUCAUCCAAUUAAUCCCGACAAGGGAAGUGGUAUUUAUAAUUUUCAUUGUCAUUUAUGCACCAAGAAGUUCAAAAUGCGGGGAAGUCUUAUGGUACAUUUAAGAGUUGUUCACUAUGGAUUUUCUGGAUCUGCUGUUGGAAAGAACACAAUUAAAUUGUUCUGCAAUGCAAAUAAAGAAGCAUUGCCUAAGCAAUGGGAAUGUGAUAUUUGUUAUAAAAUGUUCACAACUAAGUAUUUUCUGAAAAAACAUAAAAGAUUACAUACAGGUGAAAUGCCAUAUACAUGCUUACAGUGUAACAAGUCUUUUACAUUUCAACAGUCUUAUCAUAAACACAUGCUGUAUCAUUCUUCAGAAAAACCCCAUACUUGUAUGGAAUGUGGAAGGUGCUUUAAAGAAUUGUCAACUCUUCAGAAUCAUGCUCGAAUUCACUCUGGAGAAAGACCAUUCGUUUGUGAAACUUGUGGAAAAAGUUUUCGUCAGAGAGUGUCUUAUUUAGUUCAUCAAAGAAUUCAUACUGGAGCAAUGCCAUAUGAUUGUGAACGUUGUGGAAAAAAGUUUCGAUAUAAAGUGAGUCAACGAUCUCAUAAAUGCGUUCUUAUAUCACCAUCAAAAAUAAGGGAUAGUGAUAGUACUAUCUGUCAACAUCAAUUACAACUGAAUCAGAACACUUGUUCUUCAAAGGAGCAAGCAGAUUCAACCUUCUAUUCAGAAAAUAGAAGCGAUUUGCUCAGUAAUAAUGAGAACUUUCCAAACUGUUUGACUGUUGAUGAAAAUGAUCAUUGUUCCUUUCCAACUGCUUCUAUUGAAAAUAAUCAAAAAAAGGAACAUAGAAUUGAAGCAUCAACCAGCUCUGCACAUGAUCUAUACUCCAUAAUCUUAUCUCCUCUGCCUUCGGAAGUAGAAUCACUCUGUCAAAUUCUAGAGAAAUAAACUCUACUUUGGAAAAUACAGUUGCAGUUAAUACAAACAAAAAGCAGUAUAAUUCAGAGAAUAUAUUUAGUAGUGCACAUUUUUUACAAGAAAAUAAAUAAUUUAUUUUACUAUCCAAUAUAAAUACUUCUAAUAUAAUUCAAUAUAUUAUAAAUACAUUGUUGGUGAAAUGGAAGUUAUG